GCUGUGGUUGCCAUAGAUAUAAAGAUAUGGUAUUCGCAGGUGACAGUAAGUUUUUUUGAUGCACACAACAACCGCAGCGAUUUGUCAAGUCACCACGGAAAGACAAAAUGGAUGAUGAAAUUAGAUUUCAAGAUUCCAAAUUUCGACGGCCAAAGUUUGUCCAUCCGGGACGGCGGUAUCGUCAGAUCAGUUUUGAUAUUGACGCCAACUACUCGGAUGUCUCUGAGUCAUGUGAGGACGAAGUCUUUGUGGACGAGCCCAGAAACUCGGACAAAACGAGCUCUAAGCCUUUACUCCAACCUAAAAACAGGGCUCGGUCGCCUAGUUUUAAAAUCAAAAGGAAAUACUACAGACUAAGACGCUGUCUGAAACUCCUAUGCUGCGUUUUGACUGCCGUCUCUAGCUGCCUCUUAAUUUUGGCUGUUGUUUUAUUUGCAAUGCAGAAGAGCGGUAUUAACGUACUGGGUGGCAGUCUGUAUUACGGGAGUGCAGGACAGGAACCGACCUCAGCUCACACUCCUGAAGUUUUGGGUUGUUCUGAUAUACAAGUUGAGGACGUGUGGAUUGCUGGAUUCCCGAAACUUAUCACGGAAUCUGCCUUUCGUCUCGUGGAUGUUAAUGGCGAUGGGACGCUAGACGUUCUAUUUGGGUUUGGCACAGGGGCAGACGGCCACAAUGUUCCAGAGCUGGUUUGCGACAUAUACUUCAAUGGCACGCGACCGUGUUUUGGCGGUGUCUUGUCGAUAGAUGGCGCGACUGGCAGAGAGUUG